CCAUUACACCAGAAAUUUUGAAGAGAUUCCAAGAGAAAUUUGAAGCUGACCCAAAAAACAUUUUGGCUUUGAAUGCUUGUGCCAAAACUGAUCCAUAUGAAGUUUGUAUUGACAAAAAAGUAGUAGAUUUAACAGCACAUGUAUUUACUCAUAAGGUUGAUUCAGAAAUAAAACCUGUGACAAACCAAAAAAGUUCUUCACGAUGUUGGAUGUUUGCAGCUAUGAAUGUUAUGCGUAUUCCAUUUGCAAAAGAACAUCAGCUUGAGGAUUUUGAAUUCAGUCAAAGUUAUUUAAUGUUUUGGGACAAGGUAGAGAGGUGCAAUUUCUUUUUACAUACGAUUGUGAAUGUACUCAAAAGAGGAGAGCCUGUUUCUGGCCGUUUAAUUUCCUUUUUGCUAACUGACCCUGUUCAAGAAGGAGGUCAAUGGGAUAUGAUCGUCAAUUUAAUUACUCGCUAUGGAGUUAUUCCAAAGAAGUACUUCCCUGAGACAUUUUCCUGUGAAAGUUCUGGUCAUUUGAACUCUGUCUUGAGAACUAAGGUUCGUGAAUAUACCAAGGAACUCAAUGUUAUGAUUCAGAAAGGCAUCAGUGAUGAAAAAUUGGAAGAAAAGAUCUUGACCUGUAUGGAAGAGCUGUAUGGAAUUAUUGCAAUAUGCAUUGGAGUGCCUCCUGAAACAUUUACAUGGGAAUAUUAUAACAAGAAUAAAAAUUACUGUGUUGUUGGCCCCAUAACACCCCUCAAGUUUUAUGAAGAACAUGUUAAACCUCAUUUUAAUGUAGAGAAUAAAAUUUGUUUAGUAAAUGAUCCUAGGCCAGAAAAUCCAUUUGGCCAUACAUAUACCGUAGAUUGUCUAGGAAAUAUGGUUGGGGGCCGUAAAACUAUUUAUAUCAAUGUGACAAGUGAUGAAUGUCUUAAGUAUGCUGCUGAAUCUAUUAAAAACAAUGAGCCUGUUUGGUUUGGCUGCCAAGUAUCAAAAAUGUUUAACGUGAAGUUAGGAAUUCAGGAUCUGAACUUAUAUAAUUUUAAAAUGUUGUUCAAUGUUGAUGUAAAUAAAUCCUUCACAAAAGCAGAGCGACUAUUGUACGGAGAAUCUGCAAUGGACCAUGCUAUGACUUUUACAGCUGUAUCAAUAGAUUCUGAUGGGAAACCUACUAAGUGGAGAGUGGAAAACUCUUGGGGUGAUGAACGAAGUGAAAAAGGUUAUCUUGUCAUGUCUAGUGAAUGGUUUGAGCAAUUUGGAUUCGAAGUUGUGGUUGAUAAGCAAUAUGUCUCCAAGGAUAUACUAGAACUUUUGAAAAUGGAACCUAAAAUGUUACCAGCAUGGGAUCCCAUGGGAGCUCUGGCAUCCUGAAAUUACAAUGUUUCUAUGUUUAAAGCCUGGUUGGGCUAAAAAAUUUUGAUUUACAUUUUGUUCUGGUAAUUGGAUAAACUUAUACGGUGAAACUUGGUCAAAACUUAUUCAUGGUUUUUGUUCUCUAUAGUAUUAUUUUAAGUUUUCAAAGAAAAUAUUUUAGUUUUAAAAGCUUUAACAUAUUGAUUUCAAUUUAAAAAAAAAGAAGCAUUUUGUUCUUGUAAUUGGAUAAAUUUAUAUUAUGAAACGUGGUCAAAACUUAUUCACUAUUUUUGCUCUUUAUAACAUUAUGUUUUAAGUUUUAAAAGCUUUAACAUAUGAUUUCCAAUUUAAACAAAUUUAACUGCACAUUGUUUUUCUAACUAACAUGCAGAUACUUAAGUUCAUCCUUAGUGAAAAUAAUUACAUUUGUCGAUAUAAUAUUACUUUUUCAUCGAAAGUAAUUUUAAAACUAGGAGUUGUUCUAAAUUUGCAGCGUGUACUUUGAAAAAACAAUACUCAUAAGAUUAAAAAGUCCAAAAACUUGAAUAUUAAAUAAUGCUUUCAUUGAAUAAAUUGUAAUUUAUUAUAAACUUAAUUUGUAAUUAAGUUAAAAUGUCAUGUGCUUAUAGUUUUGAACAUAGUUUGGAGAAAUGUUUUUCAUAAAGCAACACCUAUUUUAAUAUUUCCUUUCUAUUGCACCAUGUGUCUAUAUACAGUGCAUUUCCACCUUUUUGAUAUUUGAUAAAUACAUUUAUACGAGUAAAAUGUUUUAUGUUAGUCCAUUAAGAACAAAUAUUCUGAAGAGAAAAUAAAAUCAAAAAUUUUUGCAUCAUAUUUAUUUAGUACUUAAAAUGUUGUUGCUGUGGAAUUCUUUGGAAUAAAAACCAGAGAAUAAAGAUAUUUCUAUGA